AUGGAUCGUAGUUGGAUUAAAGCUAAUCGUUUGAGUGAAGAGUAUGAGAGAGGAGUGGAAGAAUUAAUACAAUAUGCUUGUAAAAAUCUUCCUAAUAAUAAUGGAAAGUUUUAUUGUCCUUGUGUUAAUUGUUUGAAUAGAGAACCAUUGCUUUUAAUUGAUGAAAUACGAAAUCAUCUUAUUUGUGAUGGCAUUUGCCAGAGUUAUAACAAUUGGAUAUGGCACGGUGAAUCUUCAAACAUGCCAAGUGUGUCGGAAAGAGGAGUUGAUGUAGAUAUGGACAAUCAUUUGGAAGACAUGAUUCAUGAUAUCGGACAAGAGUCUUUUCAACGUGCUCAUGUGUACAAUAAUUUGUUUCGCGACAAUAAAGAGAUGUUGUAUCCAGGGUGUACUAACUUCACGAGGUUAUCUGCAGUGCUAAGAUUGUUCAACUUGAAGGCGAGAAAUAAUUGGACAGAUAAAAGUUUUACUGAAUUGCUUGAGCUGUUAUGUGAAAUGCUCCCUGAAGGUAACACGUUGCCGAGUCGAAACUACGAUGCAAAGAAGAUAUUGUGUCCGAUGGGUAUGGAGUACAAGAAAAUACACGCAUGCCCUAAUGAUUGCAUAUUAUACCGAAAUGAGUUUGAAGAGUUGAAUAAGUGUCCCACGUGUGGGGUAUCACGCUACAAAGUGAAGGAUGGUGAUUCCGAAUGUGAUGAAAGCACAAAGCGUCCUCCUGCAAAGGUGUUAUGGUAUCUUCCUAUAAUUCCAAGGUUCAAAAGAUUAUUCACCAACGCAGAUGAUGCAAAGAAUCUUAGAUGGCAUGUUGAUAAGAGGGAGUGUGAUGGACAACUUCGUCAUCCCGCUGAUUCUUUGCAAUGGAAGAAAAUUGAUGCUUUGUAUCCAGAUUUUGGAAACGAGCCAAGAAACCUUAGGCUUGGACUUGCUACAGAUGGAAUGAAUCCAUAUGGAAACUUAAGUAGUAACCGUACUUCUUGGCCUGUUCUCCUGGUUAUCUACAAUUUAUCUCCUUCCAUUUGCAUGAAGCGAAAAUACGUUUUGUUAUCUAUGAUGAUUUCGGGCCCAAAACAGCUAGGUAAUGACAUAGAUGUUUAUCUAAAACCCUUGAUUGACGACUUGAAAAUUCUAUGGCAAGGAAUUGACGUGUUUGAUGGCUAUUCCCAAGAGAAUUUCAAAAUGCGUGCAAUGUUAUUUUGCACUAUCAAUGAUUUUCCUGCAUAUGGAAACUUGUCUGGAUAUAGUGUUAAAGGACAUAAAGCAUGCCCUAUAUGUGAAGAAAACACAUGCUUCGAACAAUUAAAAUAUGGAAAAAAGACAGUUUACCUUGGGCAUCGAAAGUUUCUUAAACCUAAUCACCCAUAUCGUAGGUUAAGAAAAGCGUUUAAUGGAGACAAGGAGGAUGAAAUUGCUCCACAAGCCUUAACCGGAGAACAAGUUUAUUUACGAGUGAAGGAUGUUAAUGUCAAAUUUGGAAAGAACAAAAAAAAAACCACCCAAAAAACUAUAUGGAAAAAAAGGUCAGUGUUCUUUGAUCUUCCUUAUUGGUGUACUUUAGAUGUUAGACAUUGUAUUGAUGUUAUGCAUGUGGAGAAAAAUGUGUGUGAUAGUGUAAUCGGAACACUUCUUAACAUUCAGGGUAAAACGAAAGAUAGUAUCAAUGCUCGUCUAGAUAUGGUUAACAUGGGUAUUCGACAAAAGUUAGCUCCACAGACAGCGGGUAAGCGAACAUAUUUGCCUCCAGCUUGUCAUACUUUAUCCAAAAUUGAGAAAAUAAGCUUUUGUGAGUGUCUGCAUAGCAUAAAAGUCCCUCAUGGUUACUCUUCAAAUGUCAAGAGUCUUGUAUCAAUGAAAGAUUUGAAAUUAGUUGGUCUAAAGUCUCAUGAUUGUCACGUAUUGAUGCAGCAACUAUUACCGGUGGCUAUUCGUGGCAUAUUGCCUAAAGAGGUUAGAACUGUCUUGACUAAGUUGUGCUUAUUCUUCAAUAAUAUUUGUAGUAAAGUAAUUGAUCCUAAAAAAUUAGAUGAGUUGGAAAAUGACGCUGUUAUUAUCUUGUGUCAAUUGGAGAUGUACUUUCCUCCCUCAUUUUUUGAUAUCAUGGUUCACUUAAUUAUCCAUCUGGUGAGGGAGAUUAGAUUGUGUGGUCCUGUUUAUUUGAGAUGGAUGUAUCCAGUAGAACGGUACAUGAAAAUUUUAAAAGGGUAUGUGAAGAAUCAACAUCGUCCUGAAGCAUCUAUUGUUGAAAGAUACAUUGCAGAAGAAUCUGUUGAGUUUUGUUCUAACUACAUGUCAGAAACAGAAACUAUAGGAAUUCCUAAGUCUCGUCAUGAAGGAAGAUUUGCAGGUAAGGGUAUACGAGGCUUAAAACUUAAAAGCAUGAGGCGGGAGGAAAUAUUUCAAGCACAGUUGUAUAUAUUGAAUAAUACUGAUGAAGUCCAACCUUACAUUUCUCUUCAUAAAAACAUUGUCAAGGAAAAGUUUCCUCGAAUGAACGAAAAAUGGGUGUUGAAUGAGCAUAACAAGACUUUCUUAAAGUGGUUUAGAGAAACCACAUUUGCUGAUAAUACAUGUUCUGUAACAUUGAAAUGGCUAGCAAAAGUGCCUAAAUUUGAUGUUAUAACUUGGACUGGCUACGAUAUCAAUAAUUUUACUUUCUAUACCAAGACUCAAGACGACAAUAGUACUAUGCAAAAUAGUGGGGUUAUGGUUGUGGCAGAGUCCAUGCACUUUUCUAGUUCAAAAGAUAAGAAUCCAGUUAUGGCAUCUAAGUCUUACUUUACUGAAGAUUGUCAAUGA